CCAAUCACAGGCGGCCACAGUGUGUUUGGAAACAACACACGCAAUUACCGAAACUUCUUGAAUCAGGAAAGAACCUCACUACCUUUCACUAUUGCCUGACCGAGUCGCAAAGUCUUCGAGAGGUCUUCGGUUUGACUAAGAAAGAAAAUGGAAGAUUGUAAGGUCUCGGAUAAAGAGACGAUCUCGCUGGUCAUUAUAACGCCUAAUCAGUUUCACGGCGAUCAGCUGAUCGAGGGAGUUCGCGUGGACUGGACCGUGAAAGACCUCAAAUGUCACCUCUCCAAGGUUUAUCCCACCAACCCGGCUGAGAAAGACCAAAGACUCAUUUACUCCGGCAAGCUGCUUCAGGACAACCUGCUUCUGAGCCAUGUUUUCUCAAAGGUUUCUUCAGAAACCAAGCCUACUCUUCACCUGGUGUGUGCUGUGAGACCCCAGCCUGCUGCCCAACUUGGAGCGAGACCCAAGGUGACAUCAACACAGCAGCAGAGUUCCCAGCCCUCCCCACUAACUGCUAGCCAAAGCUCAGAGUCUUCAGGACCAUCCGUGACCUCUGUACCCUCCAUGGACGGCCUUAGACAGCGAGGUCAUGCCGACUGGCCUGGCUCUAACAUGUCUACGCCUGUAACAGCAGCAAUGACCCACCCAUCCUUCCCCACAUACUCCCUUUACAGUCCACAACAGCUCCUGUGGUUGCAGCAGAUGUAUGCCCGCCAGUACUACAUGCAAUAUCAAGCUGCCAUGGCAGCCGCCGCCUCCGCUCCAAUGGCCGCCCCUGCUUCCUCACUCCCUGUUGGCCCUCAUCAAGCUGCUGUACCUGCAGCCUUACCAAAUCAAGGCCCUAUCAACGACCUGCCAGCUAAUCAGAAUGCCCCAGGUCCUGCAUUCAUCAACCCAGAGGGAGCCAAUCAGAAUCUGCGAAUGAAUGCCCAGGGUGGGCCUGUGAUGGAAGACGAGGAGGACAUGAACCGCGAUUGGCUGGAUUGGGUGUACACCGCAUCCCGAUUGGGUGUCUUCCUGAGCAUCGUGUACUUCUAUUCCAGCGUGAGCCGCUUCAUCCUGGUCAUGAGCAGCCUGGUUAUUAUGUACCUACACACAGCAGGCUGGUUUCCUUUUAGACAGAGACCCCAAGCCAGGCCUCACAAUCUGCCAGCACCAGAGGUCAUUCAGAACCAACAAAACCAAAAUGAGGACAGACAUCCAGGACCUGUGCUGCCCCCUGGUGAAGUGGAGGAUGCUGGUGUUGCUGAACCCGCCAUGACGGCAGUGCUUGUUCCCCCAGUUAGACCACCCAUCCUAUGGAGAGCCUGGGUGUUUUUCAAAGCCUUUUUUGCUUCUCUGAUACCUGAGGCUCCACAGGGUGUUGCAAACUGAUCCAGAAAAAGUCAGACAAAAUUGGACUCCAGAGUCCUUGACCAUUUAGACCGGACAUUAUAAACGAAGGCUACAAGUCCUAGAAGUGGUAGCACUUUCCAGUCCUUUGGCUAUGUGACCAAUGGUUGCACAUUCUGUAUAGACGAGCUCUUGGACAUGGAGUUGUAAAUAUUGCUGGACAUUUUUUUUUGCACGGCACUUUAAAUAACCGCAAAGGCUGGAAUCAAUGAUAUCGGCCUCCUGGCCUGAUCCCCUUAUAUAGGCUCCUGUCAACAGGGCUUCAUUUUCUUGAAGUGCUCUACGAUGAGUGAUCCAAGGAUUAAACUCAUGGGAUUAUCUUAUUAAGGUUCUAGUAUAAUGGACAACGAAGGCCAUAUGUUGAUUUUGUUCUAAGUGCAUGAAUAGAUGGAGGAUGCUUGGGAGAAUGCAUUUGUGGCACUUUGAAGCUAAUGGUGUUUAUGCAAAUAAAAUAUGCUUACACUUUCUUUUCUUAAUUGUGUUCCACCUGUGAAAUGAGAAAUGUUCAUAUUUAUGAAGGAGGUUUGGUAUAUGCAUUCAAGUAUUUGUGAGCAGAAUUGACCUCUGGAUGAAAAGGCGAGUGAACCCCACUUUGAAUUUUACAUCAUCUUUACAUGAAGGAACUGCACUUUGGUACCUGCAAAAGAACAGAAAUUAAGAGUGGAAUAGUUCUGAGAGACUUAAAAAUAUGUUUUUUAAUCUGCUAUUUAUCAACACUAGCAUUACUGUCAUUUCAUUUCAUGUAUAAAAUAGCUUUGUUAUUAACAUUAAGAUAAUCCUUUGUACCUGGAAAUGAAAAAAUAAACAUACUUUCUUUGUUUCAA